AAGUGUCAACAGGAAGUCAAUAAAGUUUACGGAUGAUGCCCGGCUCAGGCCUAGUCCCACCCCUCCCCUCACCCCCUGGGCUGCCUACCUUUCUCCCUCCUUGACUCCCUUGUGCUCCUCUUUUGCUCCCCUCUCAGGGUCAGCCAGUCGUAAGAAAUCGCAGCUUGAAGAGUUUUGGAGACAGCCGCUAUGGUUCACAGCAGUACCUGCAGAGUUGUCCUGUUGCUACUUUUCAGCCUCUUUGUGGUCUCUGUGCACUCAGAGACAGACUCUGCCUUAACAAUUCUGGACCACCAGGAGACCUGGUCUGGAGAGCCCCCCGGUGAUACCACAUCCCCAGUCUCUGUGGUGACGUUCACCUUCAGCUAUCCGGAGAUCUUCACAUCCUCUCAGCCCUUUGAUGAAGCUUUCCUGGGACCGGGGGCCAUCACAGCCAUAGUUAUAGCUGUCUUCCUGGGGGUGUCAGUCCUCCUCACCCUCAUGGUCAUCACACUGAGGAAGUUCAUGGCCUCCUAGAGCGGCUCUGUCUGUGUGUGUGAAUGUUUGCACGACUCUUUGUUUGUCGUUGUGUGCCUCGGCUCUAAAUUAGCUAAUUUUUUCCAUUUGUUUUGCUUAAGAUGCUAAAAAAAAAAUCCGGCAGGUCAUUUGACUGACAAUAAAACACUGAAUGAUUCAAUUGUUGCUUCACAUGAAGGAUUCUUAAAGACUGGCUGGUUUUUCCAGUACGCCUCAUCUUUACUUUUCUCAAAUGUUGAUUUCUAAUAUUCAGUUUUCCUUUUUAAAACUUUUACUUCACCAAAAUUUUUUUAUACACAAUGUGUUUUUUCUGUUAUUUGUUUUUCUCUGUUUCUAAGACUAUUUUAAAGCUGUGUGGAGGACAUUAUUACUCCCACAGUUUCACGUGUGUCAACCUCUUAUUGGAUCUAAUAUAUCUGCACGCAUGAACAUCACAUUUGUGGUUAUAUUACAAUCUAUCCAUUCAUUUUAGUAUUAUUCACACUUAAUUCUGCUUAACUGGGACCCUGUCAAAGAGAAAAUAAACUUAAAUAAAAAAUUUUUUUUUUAGAAUUUAGAUGUUGAAAAAAUAAAAUAGAAAAGAAAUGAGUUUUUUCUAUCUGAGCUAGUUUUGUCAAAAAGGAAAACUGAUUAAGUUCAAGUGUUGAGAUUAACUCAAAAUAAAUGUAAUACAGUAACUUUAAGUACUAUAUUAUGUAACUGUUCAAAGAGUCAAAAUCAUGAGGAUCAAAACCAAAAUCCUUUUUUCUGCUUGUACUCUGUCACUUUAAUAUUUUUUUAUUCAUUUAAUGAACAAAAUUAAUCUUCCUUUAUGUCCCCCCCCCCAUUUCUUUAUAUAAGUCUUUUUUUAAGCAUCCUUUUUAUGUUAUUAUAGUUUUUCUGAAUCUCAAAGACUCCAGCUCCUCUGCUCUGUUUUUCCUUUCAUUCAAAGUAGACCGUUUAUAGAUUUUUAUGGGCUAAACUCAUUAAAGCUGAGGUUUGCUCCUCCAUCUAUAAAAAAGUAAACAACAUGAGAAGCAUUUUGUAAUUCGUUUGUCGCUUUUAGGUGUUGUGUUCUAUCUGGAGGGAAAUCUAAAGACACUCGCUUCGUAGCUAUUCAGGGAAUAAUAAUGUCAGAUAAAAGGUGACAUAAAAGAUACAAGUAAAGAACAUAAAUUAGCGGAACGUUUCUAAUUUCUAUUGCAAAUAUAUCCAUUUUAAGUGACACAACUUUUUUGGAACAUACCUUAUGUUUUAAUAUUCUUUCUUUGUUAGUUUUCUAUGGUGACGCAUACAAAUUUAGAAUAAAUACACACCAAGCAAUUGGAAAUGUUUUUGUUUUCAGCCUUUUACGAUAUUUACAAGCUUAACUUUUCAUAUUUUCACUGUAGAACUGCUGUAAAAAGUUUUGGUAAAUACUACUCAAAAAUAAAAAAAUGUAAAUAAAAAAA